UUAUGGCUGGAAGAAAAAGAAGAAAGCUCAAAUUGCUAUCAGAAACAUUCAAGGGUGCUAAAAGAUUGUCAAAGAAAGGAAAGAAAGAGCAGGAGCAUUACGAGACGUGGUCUGUCCUUCCGGUAGAGCUUUUGGAAUUAAUAAUUUCCCAGUUGACUUUAAAGGAUAACAUCCGCACUUCUUCUGUAUGCAAAAGAUGGCUCUCUGUUGCUCUCUCAGUUAGAAAAGUGAAUAAGCCGCCAUGGCUUAUGUACUUCCCAAAGCUCGGUCACCUUUUUGAUUUUUACGACCCAUCACAACGGAAAACGUACUCCCUUGAAUUGCCUGAGUUACAUGGAUGUAGGAUUUGUUACAAUAAAAAUGGGUGGCUAUUGCUAUACAAACCAAGAACACAACGUGUUCUAUUCUUUAAUCCCUUUACGAGGGAAAUGAUUAAGUUACCAAGAUUUGAAAUGACUUAUCAAAUUGUUGCGUUUUCUACUUCUCCGAAGUCUCCAGACUGUAUUCUUUUUACAGUUAAGCAUGUUAGUCCAACUGUCGUUGCUAUCAGCACUUGCCACCCAGGUGCAGAUGAGUGGACUACUGUAAAUUAUCAUAAUCGAUUGCCAUUUGUUAGUAGUAUUUGGAAUAAGCUUGUUUUCUGCAAUGGGUUGUUCUAUUGUUUAAGUUUGACGGGAUGGUUGGGAGUUUAUGAUCCUGUGGAGCACACAUGGAGUAUUCGUAUUGUCCCCCCGCCACGUUGCCCUGAUAAUUUUUUUGUGAAAAAUUGGUGGAAAGGGAAGUUUAUGGCAGAACAUAACGGUGAGAUUUUUGUUAUAUACACUUGUUAUAGUGAAAACCCGAUUAUUUAUAAGCUAAACCAGACGAAUAAAGAGUGGGUAGAAAUGAAAGAUCUCGAAGGUGUGACAUUAUUUGCGAGUUUCUUGUCAUCCCAUGCAAGAACUGAUCUACUUGGAAUGAUGAGGAAUAGUGUUUAUUUCUCUAAAGUUCGGUUUUAUGGCAAACGGUGCAUUUCAUAUUCUCUUGACCAGAGACGAUACUACCCUCGAAAACAGUGUCAUGACUGGGGAGAACAAGAUCCGUUUGAAAGCAUUUGGGUCGAGCCACCUGAAGACCUUUCAACUUUCACCUGGGAAGAGUAGGUGAGCAGUGUUCAUAGAUUUGUGUAUCGUAAUAUUCUGAGCUAGUGGAGCGUCCACAAAUGAAUAAAGCUACAAACAAAAGUACUCUCUUUUGCUAUUGUAAAGCUCAAUAAGUAGAAUGGAAGUAAUCGGAGCAUUCAAGUGUAUUAGGAAAUCACAUAAAAGUGAAGCAGAGUGGCACCCACUGAGACAUGAAUGCAGCUUCAAAAGUUGUUUAGUAGUGAAUGUUGGGCAAUUGUAGGAGUCAAAAUUUCUGAUUACAUAGUUAUUUGAUAUAGUUGUUGAUCAAGUAGAUAGCAAAGAUAAGUUAAUGUACUCUUUUGAUAUCGUUUGUUUAAUGUACUAGAGUUCUGAGCAAUUACUCAUUGCAACUCACAAGUAUCUGUACGUGUUGUUAAUUGGAGGUAUGAUAGAUUUAAAUUUGUAUUG